AUGUCGUCAACAAAAGAUGUAUGGGCUCAAUGGGACCAGGCCUGGGAUCUUGGCCUACCCUUGGAGAAACGAUUAUCUAUCCUGAAAAAUGCCACCGCUCCUGGCUUUGUCUACACCAAUAUGGCCAGCAUCGUUUCCGACGACCUGGAAUCACUUGUUCAACUUAUCCACGAUGCCCUGAACCAACAAGGCAAUAAGUUGACGGUCAAACAUAUCAAGUGGCACGAACAGCAUAGCCAGAGUGCCUUGCAAUGGGAUAUGGUCGAUAUUGACUCGGGCAAAGCUGCCUUGAGUGGUUGGAGUUAUGGGAAAUACGCGGAAGACGGAAAGCUUCUAUCGGUGUCCGAUUUCUGGUAG